AUGAUCGGUACGGAAUGGAGGUCCCAUGGGACACUGAACACGUGGUCUCGGCUGCCACAAGACGUCAGCGGCAGAUGGCAUGGGUACCCGCUGUUGGCAUGAGUGUCAUUCCUCAAAGAGAGAGGGAAGGGGAAGAGACAGAGGGAGAGGCAGAGAGGGAGAGAGAGAGAGAGAGAGAGAGGGAAAGGAAGAGCAGACGCACAGCAAGGCAGAGAGAAGAGUGUGCGCAGGUUUCAAGCUUUUUCUUCUAUUGCGGUUCGCAAGACAAGACACUGCUGCGCAGAUUCAGAGGAGAUAUUUUGGAUCAUGCGAGGAAAUAUGUUGACACUGCCAUUCGAGGAACCUCAUAUGUUGUGUGAGCCGCGGUUUGGUGCCAAUUAUCCUCGCGAAAGCUUACCUGAGAGCCUGAAGCAGAACCCAGACAGGUCCAACUCAGACAUGAGGGAGGCCGAGGACGACAUCUCCGACAGAGAGGAGGACGAAAGAGAGGACGAUCAGGAUGAGAACGGGCUUCCUAAAAAGCGAGGCCCCCGGAAAAAGAAGCCCGGCAAGGAGCAGUUGGACAGGGCCAAACUACGGCGCCAGGAAGCCAACGCCCGAGAGCGCAGCAGGAUGCACGGCUUAAACGCCGCGCUGGAGAGUCUGCGAAAAGUUGUACCGUGCUACUCCAAAACUCAAAAACUGUCCAAAAUUGAGACCCUCAGACUGGCUAAAAAUUACAUCUGGGCCCUGUCAGAGACUCUGAGCGCAGGGAAGAGACCGGACCUCCUCGCCUUCGUACAGACCUUGUGCAAAGGAUUAUCUCAGCCCACAACCAACUUGGUGGCCGGUUGUUUGCAGCUGAACGCGAGAAAUUUCCUCACAGAUCACAACGGGGAGGUCAUGUUCUCUGGCAGAUCGCCCUACGAUGCCAUGUACUCGUACCCCGGCUCUGACAUGAACACGCCCCCCGGCCACAGCGGCAGCAGCUUGGAAAGCAGCGCCAAACCGUUCAGACACUACAGCUACAGCGGCGCGUACGAGCCUUACUACGAGAACCCGUCCCCAGAGAGCGGGAGCCCGCAUUUCGAGGGCCAGCUGAGCCCACCGAUGAACUUUAACGGGAUUUUCUCCCUAAAACACGACGACCCGCCAGACUACGGCAAAAGCAGCCACUAUGGCAUGCGCUACUGCAGUGCCCCAGGGCGCACGGCUCUUGCGCACAACUCCAUGUACCGAGUCUCCCCAGAGGCCCGUUUCCCCUACGAUCUGCACGUCCGCAGCCAGUCCUUCCAAGCACAAGGGGAAGUUAAUGGCUCUUUCCACAAUUAA